AUGUGGUUCUCUCCAAGGAGAGGUCGUCUCCCCUCGCAGAACUGGCUCGGUGCCGGCGGCUGCACCGGUUUCAGCGUGUCCUUGUGGGUGUUAAGUUUUUGUUGGUGCUUUCCGGCCGUGAGAGGCGAGAACUACCACCCCACUGUGAACACGCAGUAUGGCAAACUCCGAGGGGUGAGGGUGCCCCUGCCCAGUGAGAUUCUUGGGCCGGUGGACCAGUAUCUGGGGGUUCCGUACGCCGCCUCCCCAGUGGGAGAAAAACGCUUUUUGCCCCCGGAGCCUCCUUCCUCCUGGUCAGGGAUCAAGAACGCCACUCACUUUGCUCCCGUCUGCCCCCAAAAUAUUCACAACUCGGUGCCAGAGAUCAUGAUGCCUGUAUGGUUCUCCUUCAACCUGGAUAUAGUUACUACGUACAUACAGGAUCAACACGAGGAUUGUCUUUAUCUAAACAUCUAUGUUCCAACUGAGGAUGUCAAAAGAAUAUCCAAGGAAUGUGCCAGGAAACCCAACAAGAAAAUGUGUAGAAAAGGAGGGGCCCAUGCAAAAAAACAGGGCGAGGAUUUAUCGGAUAACGACGGUGAUGAAGAUGAAGACAUACGAGACACCGGGGCCAAGCCUGUGAUGGUCUACAUCCACGGAGGAUCCUACAUGGAGGGGACGGGCAACAUGAUCGAUGGCAGCGUCCUGGCCAGCUACGGAAAUGUCAUCGUUAUCACUAUCAACUACCGCGUCGGCGUCCUCGGCUUCCUCAGUACUGGUGACCAGGCUGCUAAAGGGAACUACGGGCUCCUGGACCAGAUCCAGGCUUUAAGGUGGAUUAGCGAGAAUAUCGGCUUCUUCGGAGGAGACUCCAACCGCAUCACUGUGUUCGGUUCUGGCAUUGGAGCUUCCUGCGUCAGCCUGCUCACCCUCUCCCACCACUCUGAAGGUCUGUUCCACAGAGCCAUCAUUCAGAGCGGGUCAGCCCUCUCCAGCUGGGCGGUGAACUACCAGCCGGUCAAGUAUACACGUCUCCUGUCGGAGAAGGUGGGCUGUAAUGUCCUGGACACCUUAGAUAUGGUGGACUGUCUGAGGAAGAAGAGCUCCAGGGAGCUGGUGGAGCAGGACAUACAACCAGCGAGGUACCACGUGGCCUUUGGACCUGUAAUCGAUGGGGAUGUUAUCCCUGACGACCCCGAGAUCCUGAUGGAGCAGGGCGAGUUCCUCAACUACGACAUCAUGCUGGGGGUCAACCAGGGCGAAGGGCUGCGGUUUGUGGAGAACGUGGUGGAUUCAGAGGAUGGCGUGUCUGGAAAUGACUUUGACUUCUCAGUGUCAGACUUUGUGGACAGUCUGUACGGGUACCCGGAGGGCAAGGACACGUUGAGGGAGACCAUUAAGUUCAUGUAUACCGACUGGGCAGACAGAGACAAUCCAGAGACCAGGCGCAAGACGCUGGUGGCUCUGUUCACCGACCACCAGUGGGUGGAGCCUUCGGUGGUGACGGCUGAUCUCCACGCUCGCUACGGCUCACCCACCUACUUCUACGCCUUUUACCACCACUGCCAGAGCCUGAUGAAGCCCGCCUGGUCAGACUCCGCCCACGGGGACGAGGUGCCCUAUGUUUUCGGAAUUCCUAUGAUUGGUCCCACUGACCUUUUCCCCUGUAAUUUCUCGAAGAAUGAUGUCAUGCUCAGUGCUGUGGUCAUGACCUAUUGGACCAACUUUGCCAAGACUGGGGAUCCUAACAAGCCAGUACCCCAAGACACCAAGUUCAUCCACACCAAGGCCAACCGCUUUGAGGAGGUGGCCUGGUCCAAGUACAACCCCCAAGACCAGCUCUACCUGCAUAUCGGCCUGAAGCCACGCGUGCGGGACCACUACCGCGCCACCAAAGUGGCCUUCUGGAAACACCUAGUGCCCCACCUGUACAACCUCCACGACAUGUUCCACUACACCUCCACCACCACCAAAGUGCCCCCGCCGGAGACCACCCAGAACACCUUGUCCACCAAGGGAAACGGGAAAACCUGGCCGUUCAACACCAAGCGGCCUCCCAUGUCCCCGGCCUACAACAGUGAGGACAAAGACUCUUGGGGUGACGACGAGGAGACGGGGCCGCUAGUGGUGGAGAACCAGCGGGAUUAUUCCACAGAGCUCAGCGUCACUAUCGCUGUGGGAGCCUCGCUGCUGUUCCUCAAUGUGCUGGCUUUCGCAGCCCUCUACUACCGCAAGGACAAGCGGCGGCAGGACUCCGGCCACGGGCAGCCCAGCCCGCAACGUCAGACCACCUCCAACGACAUUGGCCACCACGCGCCCGAGGAGGAGAUCAUGUCGCUGCAGAUGAACCAGACGCACCAUGAGUGCGAGGCGGGGAACAGCAACGAGGGGGCACUGCGCUUGGCCUCGCUGCCCGACUACACGCUCACUCUGCGGCGCUCUCCGGACGACAUUCCCCUCAUGACCCCCAACACCAUCACCAUGAUCCCCAAUUCCCUGGUGGGUAUGCCCAAUCUGCACCCCUACAACACCUUCACAACCGGCUUCAACUCCACCGGCCUGCCACACUCCCACUCAACCACCCGCGUAUAGCUUUAAGGAGGCCAGGGGCAGCCGGCUCAGGCGGGGGAGGAGGAGACGGCGGCGGUGGUGGCGGUGGAGGAGGAGAAGCAGGAUGAACGAACGGAGGAGAGGAUUGUGUUUUAUAAAUAUCACAGGGAGGGGGAGGGGCGGGGAAGGGCAUGAGUUGGAUUAAAACGUGAAGAGAUUUAACUAGACUUUUACUACGAGGAGAGUUGCUGAGAGCUCUCUAUGGAUGUCAAGUUGUGCAGAGCUGCCAAAAUCAAACUGCUUCCCUUCUCCUGAUCGGGGGAGGGGGUCUUUCUGCAGUGUUUUUUUCUAAAAUAAUCAUUUUAAAAGCCUUUUUAAGCAGACUAAGGAGAUAUCAACACUUAUCUUGAAUUCAUAACAAAAACAAAGAGAAGUGCUUUUUAUUUCCCAUCCCUCCCUCCUGCGGGGGACACAUCUCGAACAAUGGCCUCUACGUCAAUAUUCGCAAAUGUUUUUAAUUGCUUCUUUGUUUUGUUUUACGUUUCAAUGCCUUACAAAGCUUGUUCUUUUUUGUCAUUAUUUCUAUUCCCUGAGACUAUUCCAAG